AUGAAAAUUUCUACAGUUAUUCUGACGGGUUUUGUAAAGAUUGCGAUUUCACAGGAAGAAAGGAGGCCGACGGGGCUUAGUUUUGACGACUAUCAGUACGACGCGCAAUCAGUCUUCACCAAUGAAUUCGAAAGCCCCCAAUUCACCUCUGGCGGCUUUUCCGACCUCGUAUCAGACCUCGACUACGCGAUCAACGAAGAAGUCGACUUCGAUGAAAACGCAAGUAUUUUCUCCACCGCGCCAUUUACAGUCAACAACCUCCUGACGACAACAAGCGAGCCUCGAACCCUCCCAGCGCUAGAAAUUACCACCACUCUCGCAGAAAUGUUUCAGGAGAGUGAUAAAAAGAGAAAUCGAGAAGUCGCUUCUCUUGGGAAUCAAGGAGGACUCCGUGGAGGGGGAGGACCCACAAAUCUUCCACAAUGUAAUGUUUGCUCUGGUUCUGGCUCUUCAAGCGCAGCGACUUACAGUUCUUGCAUGAGUUCGAGGGCAAAUGGAGAUGUAACAACCUGUCGAGAUGGUGAAAUUUGCGGAGUCGAAGUAAGAAUGAGAGGAGGCCAAGUCACUCAGAUGAGUAUCAGAUGCAUGGAAGAACUCCAAUGUUUGAAAAACAUGAGCCAAAAUUUCCUUGGUUCACCAUGGCGAGCAUCGUGCCGACCGGAACCACAGCUUCAAUCUGGUCGAUUUGGUCAAUCAAUUUGCAAUGGCUGCUUGAAAGCUUGUGGCAACGGGGAGACCUGCUUUGAUCCAACUCAAGCUUUUGCUCGAGGAGCAGGAGGAACCUUUACUUUGGAUUCGUUGACGAGGGAUGAUUGGACUCAAGGAUUGUCAGAGAUUCAAGCAUAG